UGGGGAGAGGGGCCCGGGGUCGCGAGGGUGUUGGCCAAUCCUGCGUGUACGGCCCUCCGCAGCAGCCUCCCUGGGAUGGGGGUGAAGCGGAGCCUUCAAAGCGGGGGCACCUUGCUGGGCUUUUCGGCCAACGUCCUCACGAUUCUCUCCACCGCCACCAACUACUGGAUCCGCUACCCUGCGGGCCACAGCGGCCUGUGGCAGGAGUGUAAUGCCGGCAUCUGCUCCAACAGCCCCUGCCAGACCAUGCUGGCGGUGACCGCGGCGUGCAUGGUGCUGGCGGCCGGCUCCGGCGUCGUGGGUUUGGUGAUGGGGCUGCGGAUUCUGUGCCAGAAGGGCGACUCGCGGGGCCGGACCACGAGCGCCAUCUUCUUCCUCUGCGGCCUGCUGCUGCUGAUCGCCUUGACAGGCUACACGGUGAAGAACGCGUGGAAAAACGACGUCUUCUUCUCCUGGUCCUAUUUUUUGGGGUGGCUGGCCUUACCCUUCUCUAUUCUCGCGGGCUUCUGCUUUCUGCUGGCGGACAUGAUCGUGCAGAGCACGGAUGCCAUCAGUGGAUUCCCCGUGUGCUUGUGACCGCAGCCUGCCUGGGGCAGAAUAAAGGACUAGCUUCCGCCGCCGCGGCUGCGCCUGCCUGUCUGGGGACGUGAGGACGCGGACACGGGCGACAUGAAUGGACGUGGGAACAUGUACAUGAACGGGGACUCGGGCGCAGGGGUACAUGGAAGCUCAGGGAGGACAUAGGACAAAACCUACACGGAUCGUGGGGA